CCAAGGCUUCUCGUAUCUCCAACCCCGGGUGUUACGCUACCGCAGCUCAGAUUGCUAUUGCACCUUUAGUACCAUACCUCACCGAUUCUCCUACCAUAUUUGGUGUAUCUGGUUAUUCUGGGGCUGGAACAAAGCCAAGUCCUAAGAAUGACGUCGAUCAGUUGAGGGAUAACUUGAUGCCUUACAGCUUGACCGAUCAUAUCCACGAACAUGAAAUCGAAGCUCGACUUGGCGUCCCGGUUGCUUUCAUUCCUCAUGUCGCAGUUUGGUUCCAGGGGAUUCAUCACACUGUUAGCGUUCCGUUGGCCAAGGAGAUGACUUCUCGUGAGAUUAGGAAUUUGUACCAGGAUAGAUACGCCGGGGAGAAGCUCAUCAAGGUUACUGGGGAGGCUCCUCUUGUCAAGAACAUUUCUGGCAAGCAGGGCGUGGAAGUCGGUGGCUUCGGCGUCCACUCCUCCGGUAAGAGAGUAGUUGUCUGCGCAACUAUUGACAAUUUGCUUAAGGGAGCUGCCACACAAUGUCUUCAGAACAUGAACUUGGCUCUCGGGUAUGGCGAGUACGAUGGCAUCCCUUUGGGCUAAGCGGGGUUUUGGUUUGGGAGAAGGAUUUCGGGCUGGCGGUGGAGUUUGACUAGUUCUUUUCUCCUUUGGACUAUCAUAUCUUUUUUUCUUUCCCUUCCUCUCUUGCUCUCUAGUUUAACUUCGUAUUUCUAGGUUUGUGUGUCGCUUUUUGCGAAAUAAAAAAAGCGCUUUUUUUCGGUUUAGGGUUGAGAGGCACUGUCAGUGGAUCUGCGGAUUGGUUGGUUGGUUGUAUAUAUAUACCAUAAAUCGGGGGUUUAACUUAUCGUAUUAUACAAGUAUGGUACUAGGGAGGUUGAAAUGGUGGCUUUGGGGGUAUAUUAGAUAGUUGGACCAUUUGGUGAGCUUUGAUGGUGACGUUGGGGGUAGGAUGAGAGUGGUGGCUUCCUAUUUGCGCUGCUCCUCAGCCUAGUAUUUUGCGGGAUGAGUUUGGGUGUUGGGCACCUUGAUUUCUAUCGAUUUAGUUGGGAUGCUACUG